CAUGUAAGUUUCUCUAAUUUCGAAACCAUCAAAGUUGACGUGCACAUUACAUUUGUAUGUACGCACAAAUUCCGCACACACCCGGCCAGGCAGCGUCGUGUUGUUUUUAUUUACGUACGUUCGAUCAGUUGUGUUUUGUUUAUAGACCGACCGCGGUGGCUGCAAAUUGAUUCGUUUUCUGUUGCUGGCCAUCUCGCGUUUCUCAGUACUUAGUCAGCACCGACUCAAGUGGUAUCAUUUUCAUCGUCUCAAGGGUGUCCGCGUACGGGAGGGUAGAUGGCAAGAAGCAUGAUCUAGAAGGAAUCCGUGUUCAACCUUGGGUGAGAAGAAACGCUGCUGCCGUACCAUCGUAAGAUCCGCAUCGUGCUUGAGGAAGGGCUAGCCCCGGUCGAGAGCGCUGUAAAAACCAAGGAACGAGCCAAACGAGCUCCAGAAGUCGCCGCAUAUCGUAGCUUGCAGUUGCAAGUGGUGGUUCCCGGUGGUUAUUUUAGUUUGCUGUGUGAUAAAUUUGUUCCUGCUCGCCGAGCGGGAAAGAAAGUUCUCGUUCGAUUUCGAACCAUCCUCCAGCCGCAUACACGCGAGACAUGGCCAACGUGAAGUACAGUGUCACCUUCGUCCGGCACGGGGAAAGCGAGUGGAACAAGAUGAACCUCUUCUGCGGCUGGCACGACGUGGGCCUCAGCGAGGAAGGUGAAUGGGACGCCCUGGAGGUGUCGGCUGCUGCACUAAAGCGCGAAAACAUGCGAUACGAUAUAGCGUUCACGUCCUGCCUGCGACGUGCAAAUCAAACGCUAGAGGUCAUCCUGAAGGAGCUGAAUCUGACCAGCAUCCCAGUGCGACAGCUGUGGCGGCUGAACGAACGUCACUACGGUGCACUGACCGGUUUCAACAAGCGUCAGAUGGCGGACAUCUACGGCGAGGAGCAGGUGCAGGUGUGGCGCCGCAGCUUCAACAUUCCACCGCCGGCCAUCGAACCGACCAACCCGUACUAUCACGCCAUCAAGAACAACCCCCGGUUGCGGCACAUCAACGAGCAGGACUUUCCGACCACCGAAACGCUCGAGACGACGAUGGAGCGCGUCGUGCCGGAGUGGACUGACUCGAUCAUCCCAGAGGUGCGCGCCGGGAAGCGGGUGCUGGUUGUGGCCCAUGGUACUAGCUUGCGUGGGCUCGUCAAGCACAUUCAAGGUAUUUCAGACGCGGACAUCAUGAAGUUCAACCUACCGAACAGUAUUCCGUUCAUCAUCGAUUUCGACGAGUCGAUGAAGAUGGUCGGCAGCAUCCGGUUCCUGGCGAACGACGAGACGGUGCUUAAAGCGAUGGAGAAGGUCGCAUCGAUCGGCGGAAAAUAGAAGGGCGCCACCGUGCUUAUCACAGUGUUGGCCACAGUCCAAAGCGUACGGUGCAUCUCUACCUCAACUUCGAAACCCCACUAUCCCUCUACACCACACCCCGUCCCUUCCACCCUUCUUACCUCAUCCUGUUUAUCGGCCGGUUGCAGGAAUAGUUCUACUAUAUAUACAUUAUAUAUAUUUUUUUGGUUCUCUUCACGAAAGGCUUAACGUGCCGCCAUUCAACAACGAAAUGUUUUCUUUUAUUUGUUUCCUGCCGAUUUGUUUCUACGCGCGCCUAAGUGUAGGCUAUUUGAGUAGGCUUUGGUUUAUUUUGUCCGUCGUAAGUGUAACCCUUAAAUGCAGUAACGCCAAAUCAUCAGCUACGAUUGUGUACCUGUACCGAAAUGUGGUACGCUUUCAUCUAAAUUCCCUUUGUCUCCGUGCGAGUUAGUUAGCGUGAUAACGAAUGAAGUGUGUCUUUCAUAUAUACAUUCGUGUACAAGCUCCGUUGUACAGCAUUCUCUAAUUACUACAGUCGAUUGUUGUCGCCCGGUGCAUUUAAGGGUUAGCUAGUUUUAAAUUAUUCGCGUCCGUUAAAGUAUAGGGUCCGGCAGGAGAUGUUUAUUUUUUCUGUUUUAAUUUUACUUUUACCAGUAAACUCUACGUUUUAGAGUUUUAUUAGCUGUUAAGUGCAUGUGUGCCUGUGUGUAAAAUCGUAAAAUAUACAACAUUUAUGAACAGAU